AUGCCGACCAUCGUGAAGUUGUUCUCUCCGCAGGAAACCGCCCAGCACGACACUAGGGAAGACUGCUGGAUCAUCGUGGACGGCAAGGUGAAUGACUCGGAGACUUGUAUCUGUGCGUAUUGAUGCGUAUCUUUUGCUGUUUUCCUGUGCCUUUUCCGUGUUUUUGUUCGUCACUGCGAUGUAGAUUUGUAAAAUGCAUGCGCCAAACUGAUUGUGAUAUCGCAGAUGCGCUCUGUCCCUUUGGUGUUUUCAGCUUACCGUGCGGAGAGUUGGGAGUUUGUAGGUUUUCCAAGUGAUGAGUGCAUCAAAAUGAUCGGAUUGGAAUCCUGCGAUUCAUGGACAGUAAUCUUCAUUUUGGGACAUAGUUAAAUCUGCGGUUUGAUGUUACCUUUCAUUCCUUGAAUUUCUCCAUCAUGGUGUGGGAUUUGGAAUUGUUCCCAAGUGUUCGGGUCAGCUUGAUCCUAAUGCCCUCCCAUGGAGAGUCAUUCCACUGUUCUAUUGGCUGUCAUUGUAGUUUUUGCUUGAUCUUGUGGAUCCUCCAUGCCUUUGGCUGUGCUUUUACUUGUCCCCCAAUUAUAUCUGGUUGGUAAGAGCUGUUGCUCAGCUGACAAUAAGUGUGCACUCUAUAUCGUUUGAGACUAUUACACUCGGUCUAAAAAAUCCAAGAAACCUAGAGAGAUGGUCCCUUUAGCAGCGCUCAUUUCCUUGUAUAGCUGCUAAACAGCGAAGAAGGAAUCGGGUAUCAAUUUUCUUCAGGAAAUAUGGAACGGCUUUUCCUUUUUGGCCCCAUUUUGGAUCCAAAGACGUAUUAUAAUGGAUUUUUUUGGCAAACCAUACGUUUACCCUUUUUCACUCCUGUAAACAACGACAUCUUUAUUCAUCUAUACGACGAAGGCUUUUGUUUUGAUUGCUUCCUUGGUCCAGCUGCUCUGCUUGGCCUGUGGAUCACUUUUUUUAUCUGUUUCACAAUAUUACUCGAGAUAAUUUUUUCCAUUUUUAGUCUGCGAUCAGUUGCCUCAGGAUUAUGACGAACUUAUAUUCGUCUGUACUCCCAUAUAUUGAGUUUGGAUUGUCAUAAAGUCCAGCCUGCUCUAGUUUUUCAGUGGUUUUUUUUUUUUCUUCUGACCCACCACCAUAUUAUUCAGGCUAUUUUUUUUAUAUUUUUCAGUAUGUGAUCAGUUGGGUAUGGACUGUGUGGUUCCUCUUAUCGAUUUCUAUCAAUCGAGUAUUGUUACAUAGGAGAGCAGAGCAAUCGAUUUCAUCCCUUUUUUUAUAUGAAAAGUGGCGCGUGAUAUCUUGGUCCAUAUGCUGAUGUUAUGCUGCUAAAUCAAAUAUUUCGGACGGCUCUUUCAAGAGUUAAGAUGGGGUGUGAUUCAAUGAGAGUUUUUCUUUUUCUUUUCUUGGCUUCCUUAUAACAUUGAAUGUAUCCAUCACGAGCAGAUGCCUUUUUUCUUGCACUCUCAUAUGGUUUUUCCUUCUGAGAGCGACGAGGAGAACUGCUGACAGCAAUAGCGUAUAUGUUCUCCCCUUAACAUAAUCACAUAUUACAAAGUCGUGGUUAUAUUAUUUUAUUUUUAUUUAUUUUCUAAACCGAUUCGCCCUCUUCCCUCUGGCCACACAAAACCCCUGUUCUCCUCCUUCAUCUUGCAUCUUUUAUUAUGCUCAUAUUUCGUCGGAUUAUUCCUAUUUUUUUCACGAAUUAUUGGCAAGAAAAACCCCGAAUUUUCCCCUUAAUCUGCAUUUUUAUUACUGUCGUAUUUUCACUUUACGGAAAUUCUUUAGUGUGGGUUUCUAUUUUUGGAAAAGUCAACGGUCGCCAUUCUCAUGGGUUCUUGGUAUAUAUAUCAGGUCUACGACGUCACCGAGUACCUGGAUGAUCAUCCCGGAGGGGAUGACAUCAUCGUCUCCGUCGCCGGUAAGAUUUUAUUUUUUUUUGUUUCCCAAGUUCGGUUUUAUUUUUUAAUUAAAAAAAUGAAAAAAUAUUCGAUUCGAUCGUCGUGUUUGUUUCUGAUUAAUCCGAGCUCUGGGUUUCAGGCAAAGACGCCACCGAGGAGUUCGAGGACGCCGGACACAGCAAGACGGCGAGGGAGCUCAUGAAGAGCUUCUGCGUCGGCGAGGUGGACCCCUCGCCGCCACCGCCGCCGGCGGCGGAGCCCCAGGCCAACUCGGGGGGGACAACCUCCGUGUUCUCGCAGCUGCUGCUGAGCUGGCGGCCGGCGGCGCCGCCGCAACAGCUCUGGGUGGUGGCGGCCGCCGUCGCCGUCGCUGGGGUCACCGUGGCGGCGGGCUUGCUCUACUCGCGCAGGAAGUAA